AUGAAGCACAUGCGCCGUCUCGUCCCUCCGACACGGGCUCUUCGCCAGAUCCUCCUCACUCCUCAACCUGCCUUUCGACCUCAGUUCUUCCAACUCAGUCCCCGAAUCAAUGAAGUCCCCUCUCGUUCCUACAGCCCAACUAGUCCUCUCCUCAAAUUUCGUACAAGAGCUACUCCUCGCGCCCUGCCGCAAUACGUCCUCGACGAAGAGAUCGGAGCACAAUAUGUCCAGAUCGUGAAUGAAAACAACAGCCUUGACCCUCCUGUGAGCCUUCGGGAUGCUCUGCGACAAAUCGACCGUUCCAGUCAAACCUUGCAGCAGGUGUCACCGGGUAGUGGGGAUGGGGUGCCGAUUUGCAAGGUUGUAAACAAGUUCGAGCUGCGGGAAAUAGCAAAGGCAAAGGCGAAACCUGCCAAGGAUGGUCUUAAGCAGCUAGAACUGAAUUGGGCCAUUGACGCCCAUGAUCUCUCACAUCGCUUAAAGCAACUCACGAAUUUCCUCGAGAAGGGUCGGAAGGUGGAGCUGAUCUUGACGAGAAAAAAGCACAAGCGAUCGCCUACCGUGGAGGAAGUGAAGAACCUCAUGGACAAGGUGAUGGAGACGGUGCGGGAGGCCAAGGCGAUGCCAGUUAGACCCAUGGAAGGGGAGCCGGGCAAACAUGUGGUGUUGGUGGUGAAGAAGGAUGUUUGA